AUUAGUUUCGUUCUUUCUACCGCCGAGAAGAGUUUUCAGUGCUGGUUGUAUCGUUGAGUUAUAAACCUCGUCCAAUUUUGCAGUGAUUCUAACAAAAUGAGCUUCAAUCCGGAUGAACUGGAAGCACCAGAGUGGGUUAAUUCGAAUUUUCUGAAGGGAGUUCUUGAGUACAAUGGGGAAUUCACAAAUGUGACGAUCUACGACUUCCAAAUCUCUCCAGCGUCAGCGAUUGGCGAUCACUUUGCCAGCAUUAUGUUCCGCGCAAAGAUCCAGUUUUCAACACAAGAACAUUUGAAUAAAGAAUGCUCCAUAAUCAUUAAAACUAUGCCAGUCAUUGAAGGAUAUAAAAAGGAAAUGAUGGAUAAAUGGGGCGAAGCCAUUUUCAACACUGAAAUCUUUAUGUAUUCAAAAGUUUUGAGUGAAUGCUCCAAAAUUUUGAUAAAUGCAGGCUACAAUGACAUGUUAGCAGCAAAAAUGAUUUACCAGUCAAUGGAACCACACAAGGUUAUAGUUUUUGAAGACUUGAAAGAGCUCGGAUACUUUAUGCUCCCAAGGAUAAUUCCAAACGAAAAUGAUGUUGAGGUAAUUUUCUCCAAACUAGGACAAUACCAUGCAGCUACAUUCAAGCUAGUAGCAGAGGGUCCCAAAAGUCUCAAUCAAAAAGGAGGUCUUUUUAACAUGCCCGAAGAUGACAUGUUAACUAUGUUUGGAAAUCAAUUUUCGUUUUUUAAAGAGUUAGUGGAAACAUUGCCUGGUUUUGAGGAAGCUUCAGAAAAACUGGCCAAAAUACCUCUUGAUAAAUUAGGGCGAAAAUGCAAGCAGUUAGUCAACGAACCUGGUUCUUAUGAAGUACUCAAUCAUGGUGACUAUCAUCUCAAAAACAUGAUGUUCAAAGGGAAAAAUGGAAACGAUGUUUCAGAAGUCGUACUGGUUGAUUUCCAAGUAUGGCACUGUGGUUCGCCAGCCUAUGAUAUUGUUUAUUUAUCAGCUAGUAUCCCACCUAGCAUGCGACCGAAAGCUUGUAAACAUUAUUUCGAUACAUUCAUCGAUGUCCUGAAGAAGUCUGAUUACGAUGGACCAUUACCUACAUUUGAACUACUCCAGAAAGAUUUGAAGUCUUAUCGAAGUUUGGAUUUAUUUUUGCUGGCAACGUUUACAGUAGCCCUUGGUGAAGAUAAAGAUCAAAAAAAGGAAGACGUAGAGACUCUAUUUACAAACUCAAAUCUGAUGAAGCCAUUUUACAGUUCACCUAAAUAUAUUUCGUAUGUGAAAGAGGUGCUACCAGUCUUGUUACAAGAAGGCGUUCUUGAUGAUCUUGUAAAUUUUGAAUAAAUGGGUCUACUCUCAUAA